AUGUUGUCUGCAGCUAGAUUGCAAAUUGUCCAGGGGUCAGUUAGAAGGUUAACUGUUUCCGCCAGGGACGCACCCACUAAAGUGUCUACAUUGGCUGUCAAGGUCCAUGGGGGGUCUCGUUAUGCAAACAAAGACGGUGUGGCCCAUCUCUUAAAUAGGUUCAAUUUCCAAAACACGAACACGAGAUCAGCUUUGAAAUUGGUCAGAGAAUCCGAAUUAUUAGGGGGAACUUUUAAGUCUACUUUGGAUAGGGAAUAUAUCACUUUGAAAGCUACCUUUUUGAAAGAUGACCUUCCCUACUAUGUCAAUGCCCUAGCAGAUGUACUAUAUAAGACUGCCUUUAAACCUCACGAGCUAACUGAAUCUGUUUUGCCUGCUGCCAGAUACGAUUAUGCAGUUGCUGAACAAUGCCCGGUAAAGAACGCCGAAGAACAGUUGUAUGCCAUUACUUUCAGAAGGGGCUUAGGGAACCCAUUGUUGUAUGACGGCGUGGAAAGAGUCAGUUUGCAAGAUAUCAAGGAUUUUGCGGACAAAGUCUACACCAAGGAGAACCUUGAAGUCAGCGGUGAAAAUAUCGUUGAAGCCGAUUUGAAAAGAUUUGUUGACGAUUCAUUGUUAAGCACUUUACCCGCUGGUAAGUCAUUGGUGAGUAAAUCUGAACCAAAAUCCUUUUUAGGUGAAGAAAAUAGAGUAAGAUUUAUUGGUGACUCCGUCGCCGCUAUUGGUAUCCCCGUAAACAAGGCUUCCCUAGCUCAAUACGAAGUCCUGGCCAACUACUUGACCUCUGCGCUAUCCGACCUUUCCGGUUUAGUCAGCUCAGCUAAGCUUGAUAAAUUCACUGACGGCGGCCUGUUCACUCUGUUUGUCAGAGAUCAAGACAGCGCCGUGGUAUCUGCCAACAUCAAGAAAAUAGUUUCUGAUUUGAAAAAGGGCAAGGACUUAUCUCCUGCUAUAAAUUACACAAAAUUGAAGAAUGCCGUCCAAAACGAAACUCUUUCCAGCCCAAUUGACCUAAAAUUCGACGGGGUGAAGGACUUCAAGUUGGGCAAAUUUAACUACGUAGCCGUUGGUGACGUUUCCCACUUGCCAUAUUUGGACGAAUUGUAA